CGCCUUUCUGCAGUCGAGGAAGCCAACAUGGCAGCCACUAUGAAGGGACCUGUAGCAGUUGAAGAUGUCAAUGUCACUUUUGAAGACCAACAGAAGAUCAAUAAAUUUGCCAGGAACACGAAUCGGAUGACGGAGCUGAAAAAUGAAAUAGAGGCAAAGAAAAAAUCUCUGCAGAACUUGCAGGAUGCCAGCGACGACCUAAUGAUGUUAGACGACGACUCUCUAUUGAUCCCGUAUCAAAUUGGGGACGUCUUUGUCAGUCACACCCAGGAAGAAACACAAGAGAUGCUGGAGGCUGCCAAGGAAACACUGGAGCAGGAGGUCAAAGGCCUUGAGGAACGGGUGUCAGCGAUACAGCAAGUAUUGGGGGAUCUGAAGGUCCAACUGUAUGCCAAGUUUGGUAACAACAUUAACCUGGAGGCAGAUGAAAGCUGAGCUGUGAAAUGGACUUUGACAGCUGCCCCAACACGGACUUUUUUCACGCGGCUCUCGUAUCAGAUUCACAGAGCGUUUGCCAAACAGAACAUCAAGUAGGACUCGGCAUGAACGGCUUAGAUUCUAGCUUCUGGCUUUUGUUUACACAGAUGUUGUUUGAUUCUUCAGUUUAGCUUUGGCAAACCAAUUCACAAGGACAACAAAAGUAAAGAUUUGGAUACUAAAUAAAUGCACAUCAUUUCUAACGGAUUUUAAUUGGUCACGAUGCUCAUAUCUUUUUCUUCUUUUUUUUUAUACUGUUAAUCAAACUCAAGUAAAAAAAAAGAGAAACACAACAGCUGUGUAGUAUUUUAACUCCUGACAAUUUUAACGUUCUGGACUUGUUACAUUUGUGGACUCACUUUGUGUUUGACUACACUAAAGGCACGACGAAAUUAACAAAAUGUCUCUGACACAUCAGUGCACUGUGCUGUCUGUAUUAAUGACUGAAAUCUGCUUGACCUUUACUCCCAAAGUUUGUGGUGUUGCCACGGCAAAUCGAGUUGAUUAAAUUAGUUCCUUCUGUCA